AAAAAAAGAGAAAGAAAGAAAAAAAAGUGACAAAUGUUUGUUUAUUCAGCUAAAUAUGCAUGUUAUGUUCCCUGCCUGCAGCCACAUGACCACUGAAAAAGUGGAACUWGUCCCACAAACAAAACAAACCUUGUAUAUCAUGACAACAGAUGAGUCACUCCUUCUUCCUGRCUCAGAGUCUGUUUGUCUCCCUUAUCUGUUCCACCUCCCACUGCAGAACUGAAGUGACUCUGGGGCGUCCCCAUUUCAAAAUCACUUCAGCCUUCUUUAAACCAGAGUCAGGUCGGGCCUCUCAGGGGACAGAAACUUCACUGAGUCUUUUUUCCCUCCAGCAGCUGGUCAACAUGUGUACUGGGAAAUGUUCCCGCUUCAUCGCUGUWGCUCUGUACCCACUGGCGCUCAUAUCCAUCAUCUGUAACAUCGUGUUGUUCUUUCCUGCUGGGGACGUGCAAUACGCCAAGGAUGGGCACAUCACUGAGGAGGUGAAAUACAUGGGGGGGCUCAUAGGAGGGGGAGUAAUGGUGCUGCUCCCUGCGCUUUACAUUCACCUGACUGGGAAACAGGGCUGCUGUGGAAAUCGCUGUGGGAUGUUCCUGUCCAUUGCGUUUGCUGCUGUGGGCGUGGUUGGCGCUCUCUACAGCUUCGCUGUGGCCGUGCUCGGCUUGCAGAACGGGCCCCUGUGUAAAGUUUUGUUGGUUUGGACCACACCUUUUAAAGACAGGGAGACCAGUUACCUGAGUGACAAAUCYCAAUGGGUUUUGUGUACGUCGCCCAACGACAUCGUGCAGUUCCACAUCGGGCUGUUCAGCACUCUGCUGGCAACCAGYUGCGUGCAGGUGAUCCUCUGUGGCGCUCAGAUGAUCAACGGGCUGUUUGGCUGCCUCUGUGGAACCUGUAACAAAAAGAAUGUUAUAUAAACAGUUACAACACAGCUGCUGAGGUUCUCAGUCUCCCUGCUGGAAUCCUGGAGAAAGAUUUCCAAACUGCAUACAAUAUUUUGUUUUAUACUUGUGUUUUUUUCCACAGAUUUUGUGUUUAUUUCAUGCUUUUUACGGCCCUGCUUUAAUCAAUAUUCAAAACAGCUUUGAUUUUUUUUUAAAUGAGGUAAUUUGGAAAUGUUAUAAAUAGUUAAUAUCUUGUUGUAGGCUGCGCUUCAAAGGGACUAAUUGUAAUUUUUGACAUUAUUUGGUAAAUACUUACUUCAACUAUAAAACCAAAGAAAAAAAAAAAAAAUUCAAAGAGGAGAAUGUAGAAAUGUCUCAGCCUGAAACUGAAAAUGUAGAUGGAGGACAAAAGAGCUGCUUCAUGGAAGGAGAACCGCAGCUUAGCCUGUUAGCUUUCAUGUUAGCUCUCAAGCUAAWAYACAYAUGGCAAYAUAUGAAAUUAACUCCCAAGCAAUUAUUAGCAUUAGCACCUGUGUUAAUAUUAGUUAGUGCUAAUAAUAUUAGAUAAUGCUAAUUUUAGCUCAGGAACUUACACCACAUACAUAUAUGUGGCGUUAGCACCAAAGAUAAUUUACUAAACAUCACGUUUGAUCAUUUAAAACCAAAAAUUGAGCAGAACAUAAAAACUAAUGCAAAAAUGUUUAUUUAUUGUCACACAUCAUAGCUUUAUAUAUUAUUUUAGCUCUUUGUGUUUUAAUCUUAACUGUAACCUAUAACAUCAYCAUCCCCAGAAUGCAUUGCACCAGUAACAAAAUGUCAACGUGCUUAAGUGACAAAUGUAAUCAACAAAUACAACUGUAUAAGUAAUUUGGAGUUUUCAUGUGUCACAAAUAGUCUAAAAGACAACUUCAGUCUCAAAUAUCUUCCACUAGUUCAUGUGAACGACAUUUUAGAAACCUUUACAUAGAAACACAUUAUUUAUUGUAUGUAAACAACCACGUAUUGUGAACAAAAAAUAGCAUAAAAUGUAAAAAAUGGUGUUCAGUGAAUGGCAAUUAUAUUUUUUGAGACUGAAGUUGUUUUGACAGCAUCAUUUGGCUUUGGUCUUGGUGCCACUUGGACUAAAAAACCAUCCACAGCAGGUAAGAUAUUGUUUAUAACUUUUCCAUGGAAGCUAAAACUCAAAGCACUGAAUUAUUAAAAACAGGUGUGAAAUAUAAAAACUACAACACUUUAAUUUUUUUAUACAGUAAGAGGCAGCUGAUUUGACCAUAUGAUUAUGUGCUUGUGUGAUGUUCGUUUUAAAAGGUCUGUAUGUGCAGAAUAAUGUUUGUCAUGUAAAACCACGUGAAGUCUUGCUUCAUUUAAUCUGUUAUUUGGUCUUUUAAACAAUGAAUGUUCUUUUGGUGUUCAAAAUUAAAAAGAUGA